CAAGAUGGCGGAAAAUUUAAUGGAUUUUUCGCUUCCGAGCGAAAGUGUUUGUAAAAUCUUAAAAUUGAAGGUAAAACCGAAAGCCACAAUAUCCAAAGGUACCAUAAUUGCAAUCUACGCACUUCAUACCAACGGGCAAGGUGAACAUGAUGGCAAUGAGACUCUUAAAUUUAAGUCUGAGCACUUCGGAACUGUGGAGGAAUUACUAGUCAACGAGGGAGACGUGGUCCAUCCAGGGACUACCAUCAUGAAAGUUUCCAUCUGUUCACAUCCCACAGUUAUGAAGGAUAUGUGUGCUGAAUGUGGAGCUGAUCUCAGAGAGGCUCAAGGGUUGCCUGGACAACGUCGCCAAGCAACCACAGCCUCUGUUGCCAUGGUUCACAGCAUCCCAGAGUUGCAAGUCAGCAAAGAGGAGGCAUAUGAGCUUGCCAAGUUGGAUGAGCAGCGUCUGCUGAAAAACCGCAAGCUGGUACUGGUUGUAGACCUAGACCAGACGAUCAUACACACCACAAUGGACAACGUAGCCCCAAACUUGCCUGGAGUGUGCCACUUCCAGUUGUGGGGCCAGGGUAAGCACCUGCCCUGGUACCACACCAAGAUGCGGCCGGGCUACCGCGCCUUCCUAGAGAAGGCUGCCACCCUCUACGAACUCCACAUCUUCACCAUGGGGGCACGGCUCUAUGCCCACACCAUCGCCUCCUACCUGGACCCAGAGAAGAAGUACUUCUCUCACCGGAUACUCUCCAGGGACGAGUGCUUUGAUCCCAACUUGAAGACCGCCAAUCUAAGGUCCAUCUUUCCCAGUGGGGACAACAUGGUGGUCAUCAUUGACGAUCGAGAUGACGUCUGGAACUACGCACCAAAUCUGAUCCUGGUCCCCCCGUACAGAUACUUCCAGGGCACGGGGGACAUCAAUGCCCCUCCUGGCAUGCCAAAGAAGGACUUCAAGGCGACUGUCGCUGGAAAACAAGCAGAGAAGGAGGUGGAGGAAACAGCCAAGGAGUCAGAAAUUGAAGAGUCAGAUGCCGUACAAACCAAAGAUGCUUCAGAUGCAGAGAAACAAACUAUCAAGGAUGAAGUGGUGGCAUCGUUGGUUGAUAAAGGAGAUCCCUUUGGAGACAAACCCACACUGCAUGAACAAACUAAAGAUUCAACCCAGCCAGUGGAAGUUGACGGCAAUCCAAAAAAUCCCCAAUCUAAUGCAGAUACCACUCAGGAAAAUGGAGACCAGAAUCCAGGACAGAUUGUAGAGGAAAAGAAGAAAGUUCAAGAGGAAAGUGAUGAUAGUGACGAUUAUUUUCUUUACUUGGAAGAUAUACUGGAACGCAUCCAUAAAGAAUUUUAUGAUGCAUAUGAUCACCUGCAGAAGAACCCUGAAUGCGAAAACAAGCCAUCCAUUCCAGAUUUGAAAAUCAUCUUGCCGGCUCUGAAGCAGAAAGUGCUGGCAGGCGUAAACCUUGUCUUCAGUGGAGUCUUCCCAACGAACAUGAACCCAGAGCAGAGCAAAGCAUGGAAGGUGGCCUCGGCACUCGGAGCGCGAAUCAGCCCGGGCAUCAUCUGUGGAGUGAAGGGUUCAGCAAGCCCAGCCAACGCGACCACUCAUCUGGUUGCAGCCAAAGCUGGCACAUCCAAGGUGCACACAGCGCAGCGGGCCAAGAGCAUCCACAUUGUUACACCUGAGUGGCUGUGGUGUUGCUGGGAGAGGUGGCAGCGGGUGGACGAGCAUCUUUUCAAACUCUGCCCCGGGCAUGUCCGGCAAAGCUCCAAAUCGAGCAGCCGGGCAAGCACGCCGGGCACCAGCGACAGUGAAACAGCUCGCCGACUGGCAAAAAACAAGGGGAAGCAGGCGGGAAAGGCCCGAGUCCCGCCGGAUCGAGAGGGAGACGUGAAACGGAGGAAACUCUCUCCUGACUCGCGGGCAGAUGAUGGAGGGAGCGAGGGCAUGGACGCAGCCCCGGCAGCGAUCAAAUCACGGCAGCUGAGUCUUUCAGUGGAGUACAACCCAGUCUACAGCUUCUCCUCUGAGGAGCUGGAAAGCAUGGACAGGGAAGUCGAAGACAUCUUCGAUGAGAGCAGCAGCAGCGAUUCAGCAGAAGAUGUCCGCAGCAAUGAGGAAAGUCUUGGUAGUAUCACCCAGGCUAUCUCCUCCUCCAGUGAUGAAAGCCUCACCGCUGAGAGCCCCAGAGGAUGGACCAAGAAGAGGAAGAGACGGCGAGACAGUGACAGUGACUCUGAGCAGGAUUCGACUGACAGCAGCUCGAGUGCUGGCCUGAGUGACUCAGAGCCAAGUAGCAGUGAUGAAGACAGGAUGGCAGCUGAGAUUGAUGACCUGCUGACUUACAGUAAAAGCUGAGAGCUCAGUGAUCAUUUAGCAAAAUACUGCCAUGCUGCAAUAUUUCUACUUAUUCACUAUCCUCCAAGCACCAAGGGAAACUUCAGAAAAUUCAAGUUAUUAUUGAUUCUUGGUUAUCAACUAAAUUUAUCAGCUACAAUUUUGAAGUUGUGCCCCUUCAAUCCUUGCAGAGUUGAACCAGCACAAAGCCCAUACGUUGUUACAAGCAUUGGAGACACUUGGCAUUGCCAUACCAAACUAGUCUUGGCCCAAGCCUGGAUUUGAGCUUUAUUUCCCGAUGCCUGGCCGGGGUAAUCUGUAUGGUGACAAAGGGCUUUAUCAAGAACGACCAAAUCCAGUCUCGGCAAAGUCAGCAGGCAUACUAUACCUCACACGGGGACAAUUGGGUAAUUGCAUGGCACAGUGGGGAUGGGCACUCCAUGUGCUAUUUUACUAAUUCGUGUGUGUGCAAAAGAUACACUCAGAAUUUUCCGGUAGGGGAGUACUAUCCAAUUCCAGUCUUGGACCAAGACUAACACCCAACCAAUGAUUUAAGGUAGAUGAGAUGUGAAGAGAUCGUACACGCACUGUACAUGUACAUACAUGAAGUUGAGGAGUCCAUCACCAGUCUAGUCAAAGGAAACGUAGAAUGAACAAUGACAUAUGAAUAUGCCCUUGUCAUACAUAUAGUUACGUGCAAAUGCUAAUAGUGACUCAGUUUGGACUGGAGUUUCGAAGACCUGCGAUGUACCUUUUGAGGAUUUGUGAUUGACAAAAGAAAAAAAAGCAGAGUGGGAAAAUGGCUGGGAAAGAGAAAUCACAAAAUAGUCAGAUACAAGAAUCCCGGUAGAAUGUUACUUGUAACAAGUUUGUCCUUUUGUAUAGACUGUAUGUUUCAUAAUGAUGUACAGGUGUAUAUACGUAAAGUGCUUGUUCAUGUAUAAUACUAUUCACUGUUCUAGAAUUUAUUUUGUAAUACAUGUAAUUACAUGUAGGUAUGGUAACGUGGAAUGAGGGGAUGUUAGAACCGGAAUAGGUUUUCAGAUUUCAGAUAAAACAUUAAAUGAGAAAAAAAUUAUCCUGUGCACAUGUACAUGUAGGUAUAAAAAGCGCCUUUAUAUAUAUUAAAAAAAGAAAAGGUUGAAUGUUAUACAAAUGAUUAGUUGUUGAGACUGCAGUGGAUGAAACAAUUUUUAAGUCGACAGAUAGAAUGCACUACAAGAUGAUGUCAAUUGGAAUGAAACAUUUCAUCUGUUAAGUUAUGAUAUGAUUCUUUCCAUUGCACGAAUGU